AUGAAUUUCUUUUGUGUCGCGAUCUCUGCCGUCAUUGUUGUGGGCGUCUCGUGCGCCCCCACGCCUCCCGCGCCCCCCAUAGCCCCCAAAGCCCUCAACAACGACGUCGGCCUUCAGUUCCUCCAAACGCUGUCCGCAGACGACAAUCACGUGUUCUCUCCGCCGGCUUUGACUUCGCUUUUGGUUUGUCUGCUGAACGGCGCGAGCGGACAGACGAACAAAGAGUUGCGUUCUUUGAUUGGAUCCGACGGUCAGUACUGCUGA